UUUAACUAACUUGUUACAAAUAACUACAAACUUGACAUUGGCUAAUCUUUGUAAAGCCAGACGAAAGAGAAAGUAAAAAAUAAAUUUCGAAAAAUACAUUUCGCCGCCAUAUUCACUUUGCCGCGCUUUUUGCCUCUGAAAAUGUUGCUUCAGUCUGUGGUUCGAGAAAAUUCCACCAAUCAGGUGCAAGUUGGAACCCGACAAGUUGUCACGUCUGAAGGUCUGUAGAUGCUUCAUUGAAAUAAAACAAAAUUCUUGUCUAUGGCACAAUUUUUUUUAGCCGCCUUUUUAAAAUUGGAAAUGAAUUUUGACAGAUUCAGCCGUUAGUUGUUUUGGGUUGUGCUGCAAAAAAAUUAAAAUCUCUUGAAAACAGUUAGUUUUAAUUUAAUGUAUAUUUACUAGGAUUUCUUAAAGAAAAUGUUUAAUUGACCUGUGUUCACAUGAUUUGAAUAGUAAUACAAAAUAAAUAAAGUAGCUAUGGGGAGUAAUACGAGUAAAUCAAGUACAGAGACAGCUGCAGUUUUCCAAAACAACGAAUUGGACAAGGACGUAAGCAGCAAUCCGGAUCCUCGUUCUCCUACGCCUGAAAUAGCUCGGACUCCACUGCAGAAUAAAAAUGGUGCAAAGCAUAAUAUAACUAAGAAUGUUGACCUGAGAAAGACAUUUGAAAGUGAUAAAGCAGAAGGAAAACUUAUUCAUAACAAUCCGAUUCUAUCUGCAGUUAUAAAAAAUCAUUUGCAGUCAUAUGACCCUCGGUCGCCAACACAGGAUUUUGAAAGAACUCCUAUAGUUAUAACAUCUGAUAUUGAUGAAGAUACACAUAAAAGACUCCAUAAACUAGAGGGCAAUAAUUGUGGAAGUCCUUGUCUAAAUAAUGAUAGUAUUGACAAUAACAACUAUGAUUCUUCUUUUGAAGUAGAACAAGAAAGUCCAGAUUUAGUACUUCCUAAAAAAUUAUAUGAUAAAUUCAUUGACUUGGCUCUUAAUGACACACUGAAGGAAACAGAUGAGCCAUUAGGAUCUUCAACUGCUUCCAAUGAAGUCAUUGAAAAUGAAUUGUCAUUACCAUGCUCUAAGCCUACCACACUGUUAGAAACGAAUUUUGAUUAUGUGGAAACUGAUAAAGGACAGUCCCAGGAAAAUAAUGAGGAAAUAGAAACUGUUGACGAAUGUAUACAGAUACCAGAGAAUGUUAAAAAUAUCCCCUUGUUUAAAAUUCUCACAGAGGACCCUAGGUCUCCAUCUAUAGGUAUUGAGAGAACUCCCAUUGUUGUUGCCAAAAACGAAGACACACUUGGUGAUGGAAAUGUUGAGGAAAUGUCAGAUGAUUCAUUGAUUAAAGCAUUGCAAAAUACAAAUACUGAACUCCGUCAAAGCAAUGUUCCAGACAAGUACUCUGAUGGUAUCCUUAUUUAUGAGGAUGAGUCUGAUUCUCUCAAUGAUACACCUAAAAAAUCAAAAUCAGCAAGCAGCAGUGGUUCUAGAACUCCACUGUCAUGUAUGAAGAAUAAAACAGAUGCAGCUCACAGAUCAAAAUCAACAAAUACUUUGUACGAUACCAAAAAUAAGGCAAAGUUACAAAAAAGAGUUUCUCAUAUUCCAAGAUUGAAGUCUUUGAUCAAGCAACCUAAGUAUGGCCACACAGGAAGCAGUGUAUCAUUGAAGAAUGCAACUAAGUCAGCUAUUAGUGGCGAUUGCGAGAACACUCCACCGCACACUCACCGGGACAAAUGGGACAAAGAUAAUAGUAUUGUUCUGUAAAAUAUGUUUUUGAUAGGUCAAUAUACUUUUUGAAAAAUCUUAAAAAACCAAUUUAAUGUUGUAUUUUCUAAGUAAAUUGUAAUCAAUUGUCUUUUGGAAGAAAUCUCUUUUCCAGUCAGUAAUAAUUAAUAGAUCUAAUUAAUAUAGCAUCACUAAAACACUAAAAUGAGAACCUCCUUUGUGGAAGUCUAAAAGAAGUUAAAAACUUAAAAAUGAGUUUGUUAAAAAAAUUCAGUGUAUAGGAGGUAUUAUUGAUUUUUAACAAUAACACAUUAUCCAUUUACAUACUACAAUCUUAAAUAAUUAAUUAUUGUAAAGGUCAUGGCAAUAGUACAAAUACAUGUAACAUCAAUUUAGACUAAUUUAAUUAUUAUAGCAGUAAUGAUUAAUUAAUUUUGUGAAAGCACUAAAAUUAUUAACUGAUGUAUUUUAGUUGUAAUGGUAUCCACAAUAAAUAUUUAGAAUUACAUGCUUA